GUCUCUUAUAGACCAAAAUUCAGAUGUUUGGAUAAUUGAACAAUUGUCACCAACAAUCGCAGAACAGAUAAAUGAAUUAAGAGGAAAAUAUCAGUGGACUGAUUUAAUGGAUUAUUUAAUUGGUGAAAUGUAUAAACAAGGCAUAACUAAACAACAAAUUGAGCAAGCAUUUGCAGCAAUUCCGUUCAAACCGGAAAUGAUUGAGGCGCUUAAAAUGAUUAAGAACGCUAAUGGCGAUAUAAUAAUUCUUUCAGAUGCUAACACAGUGUAUAUUGAAGAGAUAUUAAAGGCAUAUAAAGUCAACGGUCUAAUAUCUAGUAUUAUCAGUAAUCCUGCUGCAUGGGAUGAAGACGGAAGAUUACAUAUUCGGAGAUUAAAUAAUAUUCCUCAUGGAUGUGAAAAUCCAUGUUCGGAAAAUAUUUGUAAAGGUCAUGAACUUAUUAAAUUUUUAUCAGCACAUCCGAAUGAAUAUUACCAAAUUAUUUAUGUUGGUGAUUCUUUUAAUGAUUUUUGUCCUGCAACCAAAAUGUCUAGCAAUGAUAUCCUCUUGGCUCGUGAAGGGUUCAUGCUUGCAAGCUUUUUAAAUGAUACUUUACCGUCCUCCCACAAAUAUAAGAAUAUGAACAGACGAAUCAGCCCACAAAUUAUUUAUUGGAAGGAUGCCGGAAAAAUACUUGAAUUUAUUAAUGAUAUUUUUGGUGAAUCCAAGUAA